AUGGAGGAUAUUGGGUUGGUUCAACAAGGUUGGAAAUGGAUGCAGUCUCAGAAACAUAUGUGCUCGAGUGCUUGUUCUGCUCUGCGGUGUUUUGCGGAGAAGACUGGAGAGUUCGUGGAGCGUCACUGGCCGUUGGUUUGCAGUGGAUGUGGGAAGCUAUUAGGGCUGCUUCGUCUGUCGAUUGUUUAUUGGAAAGAUUGUAUCUUGAGGGGUUUCCAUUGCAGCUCCAAAUUAGGCUCAGCUGCUUUGCUUCUGAUUAUGUGGAGUUGCUUCCUUAGCUUGACUUCUUUAUCUUCCCUGGUUUAUGUUCUUCUCAGUAUGGGAGCUGCUGCUGCUGUUGUUCUGAAUUUGGGUUGCACUCCUGGUCUCUUCAUUGUAGGACUAUUUGGCAUUUUGGUUUUGUGGAUGUAUGCAAACUUUUGGAUCACCGGAACAUUAUUUAUAGUUGGAGGCUAUUUAUUCUCUUUGAACCAUGCUCGGCUAGUGGUUCUGAUAGCGACAGUGUACGCAAUGUAUUGUGUGAAAGCCAGACUUGGAUGGCUUGGUGUAUUCCUCUCAGUGAAUCUUGCUUUCUUGUCCAACGAUGUGUUAAACUGUCUUCUUCAGUGGUGUGACAAUAUAAGUGAAAAACCACAGCCCGAGGAGACAAAGAAACACGAGGAAACGAUCAUAGAGGAAGACUAUUCAGGGGAGUUCGAGUAUCCUUCAGUUCCUGUAGAAGAAGAAGAAACCGAGAGAAAGGUUCACGAGAAUAAGUCGUCUGCUGAGCCAACUGCUCCUACUACAACUGUUGUUAACAGCGUGAGGGAGAUUUCUAGUGUUAAGAUAGUCAAGCUAGAAACAAGUUCAGAUAAUGAAAUGAAGAGAAUACUGAAAAGUUUGAAUCAUUAUGAAGCGUUGGGGUUCCCUCGGCAUAAGAAGAUCGAUGCCGCAGUGCUUAAGAAAGAGUAUAGAAAGAAGGCAAUGUUGGUCCAUCCUGAUAAAAAUAUGGGAAGUCCUUUGGCAAGUGAAUCAUUCAAGAAGCUUCAAUGUGCUUACGAGGUUCUUUCUGAUUUUGUAAAGAAGAGAGAUUACGAUGAGCAAUUACGGAAAGAAGAGUCUAGGACUAGGAGUGUUUGUCAGACAUCUCAUGCUUCUUCACAUCAGAGUGGUCCUGAUUAUCGAUCAGAAGAGUCAAGGAGGAUACACUGUACAAAAUGUGGUAAUUCACACAUAUGGAUAUGCACUAAUAGGACUAAAGCAAAGGCAAGAUGGUGCCAGGAUUGUGGUCAAUAUCAUCAAGCAAAAGAUGGAGAUGGUUGGGUCGAACUCAAAGGGACAUUACCCUUUGAGAGAGCACAUAAGAUUGAAAUACCGCGUGCUUUUGUCUGCGCGGAAAGCAAAAUCUUUGAUGUCUCAGAAUGGGCUAUUUGUCAGGGAAUGGCUUGUAGACCAAACACGCACAGGCCAAGCUUUCAUGUGAACAUGGUUGGGUUAGAGAAGACAACACAGAGAUCAAACUCAAGUAGGUUCCCUUGGGAUCUAGAUGUUGAAAUGAUGGAUGAGGAUGAAGAAGAGUUUGAGCUGUGGCUUCAACAAGCUCUUGCUUCUGGUCUCUUCUGUGAAACCUCAAAACGCAGAAAAAGCUGGAGCCCUUUCAAGUUAAGCCAGAUGAAAAGCAAGAAACAAUGGCGAAGAACAUCCACUUGA